CUGUAGCGUGACCACUUCCGCCUUGUUCAUUCAACGCAUGCUUCUCUGAGCAGUUGUGUGUUUAUCAGAAGUCAAUAUGAAUCAAGAGAAGUUAGCUAAACUUCAGGCCCAGGUCCGAAUAGGAGGCAAGGGCACAGCACGCAGAAAGAGGAAGGUGGUGCACAGAACAGCGACAGCUGAUGAUAAGAAACUCCAGAGUUCAUUAAAGAAACUUGCAGUUAAUAACAUAGCUGGCAUUGAAGAGGUGAAUAUGAUUAAAGAUGAUGGCACGGUCAUUCACUUCAACAACCCCAAAGUGCAGGCGUCUCUGUCUGCCAAUACGUUUGCCAUCACGGGCCACGCGGAAACCAAGCAGCUCACAGAAAUGCUCCCGGGAAUCCUCAGCCAACUUGGGGCUGACAGUCUCACGAGUUUGCGCAAACUCGCCGAGCAGUUCCCCAGACAAGUUCUCGACAACAAAGCUCCUAAAGCAGAAGACAUCGACGAAGAAGACGAUGAUGUCCCAGAUCUCGUAGAGAACUUUGACGAGGCAUCAAAGAACGAAGCAAACUGACACCUGGACCUUCAGUAGAUGCUGUUCAGGAAGAAAUGCCCUGCAGUAUUUUUAAACUAGAGUCACAGACAUAUCAUUUAAACACUAUACAGUGAACCAGAGACUUUUAUAUCAUAAAUUGGCUGUUCCAGACCAGCCUCCUGCACUUAUACAAAAAUAUGGACAGUCAAAUGAUAUUCCAAUAGUGAUUAACCACCAUGCUGAACUAGUCUUAAUUAUUUUUUUCUGUUAAUUAAAUAAAAAUAAAACCGAUCAACCUUU